AUGAGCGAGAGCGAGUUGCGGCUCAGCUGUGAUAGUUCGUCUCGAAGCGAGCCGGCACCUCCACGUUUAGGCAUCGACGUGCAAAAAGAGCUUGGCUCACAAGCAAAAAGCAUGCCAAGGGGGGUCGACGUCGUCGGGUGUGAUCUAGCGGAAGGAGGACGAAGUUGUGUAGCGCAUGAAGCAUGCGGAAAACAUGUGAAGGUGGGGGACGUGCUGCUGUUCCGCGAGGAGGUCGAUGACCAAGGCGACAACAGGCUAGGAUACUGCCUGAAGGCAUACUUGAUUCGUGACGGCUCACAGACCUGCCACCCAAUCAAAUUGUACUCGGGCAAAUUGAAGUGCCCUGUUAGUGUUUUCAAGAAGCUGCCGACACUCCCGUCGCUGUGA